AUGACCAAUGACAGCCUCGGAAUAAGAUCACGUGGUCACAUUUCUCCAUACCUUCCACAGUCAGCGUGCUACUUUUUAGCACAGGUUAUUUGUUGCUUUUUUCCCCCGGGGAGAGAAAGAACCAUGGGCCGCCUGGAUGGGAAAGUAAUUGUGUUGUCAGCGGCUGCACAGGGGAUUGGACGUGCUUCUGCAAUUGCUUUUGCUAAAGAAGGUGCCCAGGUAACUGCAACAGACAUCAAUGGAGAGAAACUGAAAGAGCUGGAUGGGAUACCAGGGAUUCGUACUAAGAUUGUGGACGUAACAAAGAAAGACCAAGUAGAUGCCUUGGCAAAGGAGCAUGACCAUGUUGAUGUGCUAUUCAAUGUAGCUGGGUUUGUUCACCAUGGUUCCAUCUUGAAUUGUGAAGAGGCAGACUGGGACUUCACUAUGGAUGUCAAUGUCAAGAGCAUGUACCUCAUGUGCAAAGCUUUUCUCCCAAAAAUGUUGGCAAAGAAAUCAGGAAACAUAAUCAACAUGGCAUCAGUGGCAUCAAGCAUAAAAGGUGUUGUUAACCGGUGUGUCUACAGCACGUCUAAAGCAGCCGUUAUAGGCCUCACCAAAUCCAUUGCAGCAGACUACAUUGAGCAAGGCAUACGAUGCAAUUGUGUAUGCCCUGGUACUGUUGACACUCCAUCAUUGAGGGGAAGGAUCCAGGCUCAGCCUGACCCUGAACAGGCGUACAAAGAUUUUAUGGCGAGACAGAAAACGGGAAGAAUGUGCACAGCUGAGGAAGUUGGAUUCUUGUGUGUCUACUUGGCUUCUGAUGAGUCUGCCUAUCUGGUGAAGUUUAUCUGCCACACUGAGCCGGGGACGGUGCAUCAGACUGACUUCUGUUUAGGUCAACUAAUGAAUGAAUGGAAGCUUGAAGUCGAGGCAGGAUACAAUCAGAAGUCACAACCCUCCAUGGCCAACUCCUCCCACUGGCUGCAUGUACAGAGCUCACCACCGAAGUAA